AUGACGAUGACGAUGAAUGAUUAUAGUUUGCCUCCAAUUGCUCCUCCUCACGACAAUCUCAAAAAUCCCAUUGGUCUACCAAAACCAGUUCCUGUGUUUGAAGCACCUUCCCACCUCGGCAGGAUUAUCCUAUGGAUCGCAUUUGCCGUUUUUGCUCUGUCUACUUUGGUCACGGCAGUACACGCAACACGUCUCAACAAGCGUCGUAGAACAUUUCACGCUUUAGCUGGUGUUAUACUCACUAUAACUACCCUCUCAUAUCUCACUCUAUCCACAAACUUCGGUGCCAUUUACGUGCCUGAAUCACACCGCCACCUGGCUCCACCGCAGCAUCCCCCACUGAGAGCAAUAUACUUGGGUAGAUUCGUUGAGUGGUUUGUUACUGUCCCUGUAACUACUUUCACUCUCGGCCUACUCACUGGUUUGCCUUGGCUUGAUAUCGUUCUCGGUAUGUUCGCAAGUGUUGGCUUUGUUGGUACAGGGCUACUUUCAGGUUUCCAGCACUCUGCAGUUGGUGUUUGGUUCUUCUUGAUUGCUUCAAUCGUUUUCUACCUCGCUUUGGUCUACGUACUUGGUGUACGCGGGUUCGAAGUGUCUCGCAUUCACUCAGAUGACGUACGCGUCUUGUACGGUCCUCUAACCACCCUUAUCCUCUUUUCGUGGGCAGUUUACGCAAUUGUCUUUGGUCUGGGCACUAAAGCUAAAAUCAUUACGUUCGACUUUGAAUUGGUCCUAUACGCUAUCAUUGACUUGGGUGCGAAAGCUGCUUUCUCACUGUGGCUUAUCAUAUCACACUCUUCAAUUAUCGACGAGUAUGCUGCUGGUGUUUUGCCUGAUAGCUGGGUCGACCCAAUUGGAAUAUCUUACCAGCCAAUUGCUACUGACGAAGGUAUUCAAUCGGGUUAA